CAUGGUCAGAUCCAAUGAGACCUCCCCUGUGAUGGGAUUCAUUCUCCUGGGCCUCUCUGCCCACCCAAAGCUGGAGAAAACAUUCUUCGUGCUCAUCCUGCUGAUGUACCUGGUGAUCCUGCUGGGCAAUGGAGUCCUCAUCCUGGUGACCCUCUUUGACUCCCACCUGCACACACCCAUGUACUUCUUCCUGGGGAACCUCUCCUUCCUGGACAUCUGCUACACGACCUCCUCAGUCCCGCUCAUCCUUGACAGCUUCCUGACUCUCAGAAAAACCAUCUCCUUCUCAGCCUGUGCAGUACAGAUGUUUCUCUCCUUUGCCAUGGGAGCCACGGAGUGUGUGCUCCUGAGCAUGAUGGCAUUUGAUCGCUAUGUGGCCAUCUGCAAUCCUCUUAGGUACCCCAUGGUCAUGAGCAAGGCUGUGUAUGUGCCCAUGGCUGCUGGCUCCUGGGCAGCUGGUAUCACCAACUCUGUAGUACAGACAUCCCUUGCGAUGAGGCUGCCCUUCUGUGGGGACAAUAUCAUCAACCACUUCACCUGUGAGAUCCUGGCUGUCCUGAAGUUGGCCUGUGCCGACAUCUCCAUCAAUGUGAUCAGCAUGGUUGUAGCCAACAUGAUCUUUCUUGCAAUUCCAGUUCUCUUUAUUUUUGUCUCCUAUGUCUUCAUCAUUGCCACCAUCCUGAGGAUACCCUCGGCCGAGGGGAGAAAAAAGGCCUUCUCCACCUGCUCUGCCCACCUCACCGUCGUGGUCGUCUUCUACGGGACCAUCCUCUUCAUGUACGGGAAGCCCAAGUCUAAGGACGCGCUGGGGGCAGAGAAGCAGGACCUUGCAGACAAGCUCAUCUCCCUCUUCUAUGGGGUGGUGACCCCCAUGCUUAACCCCAUCAUCUACAGCCUGAGGAACAAGGACGUGAAGGCUGCUGUGAGGAAUCUGGUGACUAACUGA